CAGUGUAGCGCCCGUACAGUUAGGUUGAGGUGCAGCCGGGGCCGAUGAAAUCCAAUCCCGCAUAGAUAGCUAGAAUGUACCAUCCAGGUCCCAGUGUGCACGUCAAGUGGACUUUCAUAGGCUUGUGUUGACACCAUCGUUGCUAUGGAUACGGCAACCGUACUGGAAGAUGAGCAGGAGAAGUAUGUGAAUGCCACGAGACAGCUUGACACCAUGCUACGUGACAAAGGAAUUGGCCAGUCGCCGCGCUGCAGGAAUCUCUUCUCUCUGAUACCUUACACGAGUCGUCCGAUCAGUUUAGGCGAGCAGUCAUCACCCGCAGCCACAGUUGUUGAACCUGUGCCAGUGGAGAGCAUCGGUAGCAUGUCAGCAAGAGCAAGCCUUUACCUAAACAGUUAUGAUGAUUUGUCCUCACUGCUAUCCAAUGUCACACUACGCAGCAACGACGACCUACGAAUACCACCGGACCUCAGACGAGAAGUGUACGCCCGGCAAUUGAUACUGGUCGCUGGUAGUGAGUUCGACUCCAGAUCUCUUUCCAUGGCUGUGGAGAGACUGGCCAGCCUUAGUGUUAUGCUCCAGUAUUUCGGGGCACCUGGACUAUCAUACCGCGGUCGGAAUCUUCUGGGUUUAUCCAGAAAUGGGCAAGGCAACACGACCGCAUUUGCACCAGCAUUCAGUCAAAGCAAGUUUGGCCACUUGGAGUUCCCCCUGCCGGUGAACUAUUCAGCCACACCCGUGUCGGAUGGCAACAUGCAAUUGGCAUUUGCAACAUCCGGCUCCAUGUGGGCAGCGGAACAGUCUGGCACAGGAUACUCUCAGUUGGAUGUCUUGUCGGUUGCGUUUGCAGAAAUGAGCAAGAAACUUGAGACACAAGUAAAUCACUAUCUACAGUCGCCAUUGACAACCCUAGCCACGCCAUUAUCACCAACAUCCGCUACCAGCUCGACACCACAAGCAGGUGCUCCGAAGCGCUCGGUUCAGCUAGAUGUGGCACUUGCAGUGGACCAGUCUCAGCACAGCAUUGACCUGGUGGAUUGGCUUCCCACAAUGGCGAGUGCAGUGGAGCGUGAACUGCACAGAGCCAUACCAGAGUACACAGUUAGUAUGGCGUUUACGACAGUGCUGUUUGCCCAUGGUCUGCCUGCUCCGGAACCGCAGGUACUUCAGCUGUGGACCGGUGAAGCACUACUCGAUAGGUAUGGUCUUGAGGUAGCUCUCUUCAUGCUGGGGAGGGAGCCUGUAGAUGGUGUGACGAAUGGCUAUGAGGCGUUGCGUAUGGCGUCAGGACUUCUUGCUUCUCAGCUCUGUACGGCAACCCAGAGCAAUCCAUCUGAUUCAGUUGGUGAUCCAAUGAGUCCUGACUUGCCAAUUUGCCUUCAAGAAAUCAUCCUGCUGACCAAUAAUGACCAACAGUAUUCUACAUCUUGGAAUGGUAGCAUGUUGGAAGUCAUACGUGGUGUACUGGCAGCAGAUGCCAAUAUCCAUGCAGUCCUCUCGACGACAAUCCUGGAAAGCUCGGGUGUGGGAUUCGUGGACCUGUUUGGCACCGAUGUGAAUGGUCGUGUGUACUACGCAUUGGAAAACGGCUCGACGACUCACACCGACGAUGGAGUGGGGUCUCUGGGCUUAGGCUUCGGCAGUACUAACCAGGAUUACGCUGAGCUAGCGCUGGCCACGGGUGGUUCAGUGUGGAGCAGUGAGUACCUGCAGUCCAAAGAGCAGAGCAGCCAGGAAAGCAUCACCAGUGCCUUUGCAAACUUCAUGGGACAGCACAUCAGAGGGAAAAUUGAGGAAGUGGUCGGCAGUACAACACCACUAGAAACUAGCUCUGCUGCUCCAACACUACCCCCAACACUACCCCCAACACUACCCCCAACACUACCCCCAACACUACCCCCAACACUACCAGCACCACUACCAGCACCAACAACAACAGCAACAGCAGGAAUGCCAGAACCCGACACAACGCUACCCAUUUCUACGCCUAUCACUACAACACCGCCCACAGCAGCUACAACAACGGCAAGAAGCCUUGCAACAGACCCAAUCACAAUGCCCACCAGGCCCGUCACAAACACAAAUUCUGCAACAGACGUUGAGACAGAAGCUACAGAAGAAGGACCAGGCACAUCAUCAUUGCCAUCUCAAGCACCAAUUGGUCCUACCUUUACAGAUGAAGUGAUAACAAGCACUGCUUCCACUGAUCAAUACACUAGUCCAGAAUAUUUAGCACCUACUAUUGAUGACAUGCUGCUAAGUGGUGAUGGCGAGACAACUGAACCAACAAACCUGCCCACACGGGAUACCAGUACAACACUUGCUGGGACUGCCCUCACUACUCCAGAGCUGGCGGUUCGCCACACCUAUUCCUGCGCCGAUGUUGUAGUGGUUGUCGAAGAGUCCAUGACAAUGGCUGAUGCUCACACUCUGCUCAGAGGCUUUCUUGAGCGGCUCAAUGCCAAACUGUGCAACUCUGCUGGCACCGCUGAUUGCGGGAAUCGCUUCACCAUUGUAGCAUUCGGAGGGAGCCGUGGUGAUGAGCUUCCGGUACGUGUUCUGAAAGCACGGGAGCAGGACUCCUCACUGCUAGUGCAUGAGAUAGGUGAUGUGACCGAACUGUUACGUAGCCCUGCGUCCACGGACCCUAUUCAACCCGCCGAUAGCUAUAUAGCUGUGAGCAAUGCUCUGAUGGAGACACGCUUCCGUCAGUGGACAGUCGACGGUGAAGAGCGCCCCGUGUAUGCGUAUCGUCUCAUGUUACUCUUUGUGUCAACGCCUCGUCUUGUGCUGGACGGUGGCGUGAGCAAGGCGUCAGUUCAAGCUCUGUUGCAGGAAUAUCGUGUGGACUUCCAUGCUCUGAUCUCCGCCCAGCUGACUGUACUGGACGUCUUGCCAAUGCUCGGUGUAGUAUCCAACACGACUGGCUACAUUGACGGACAGGGUGGUGCGUACUACGUCACUGUUCCCAUUCUCGGACCGGUGUCGUCAAACCUUGACGACAGGAUUGUGGUGGAUUACAUGCAGCUGGCGUUCGCCAUCGGCGGUAGCGUGUGGAGCCUGGAUGACUUCAAUUCCCCGUUGACCGAGCGUGCAAUCACCACCGCCAUGAUAGAUGUGCUUGCCAAACACCGGGGUGCUAAUUUACCCGCCUGCCCUACAAGGUCCACGGUGGCUAUCACAACGUCAGCAUCAUCGGCAGGUACUUCCCAGUCGCCUUCACCCGUUGCCAGCACUCAACGUCCAGUGAACAACAACUUCAAGUGUGUGGACAACGGCAAUGGCCUUUGUGAUAACUUCUUCCUGACUGACUUGGUACCACAGCCGUCACAAGCACCACCUGCACGAACACCUGCACCACCUGCAAACCCAAACCCAGUCACAAGGCCCAAGACACCGCCAACACCUCCCGUGAAGCCAGCGCCUCAGCCCAGCAAUCACAUGUCAGGAUGCAGUUGUGCGUGCAGCUCAACAGGUCGUGACUCACGCUUUGUGACCAGCACAACACGUGCGUUUGAUGUUCUGCUUCUAAUGGAUGAGUCGUUUGGCAUGAACAGAGAGGUGGACUAUAUACCAGGAUAUGUUACACUGCUCAACCGUCUUCUUCGUCGCAGAGGCCUGGGCAGUAAAGGAAGGUGUCCCAACUUGUUUUCCGUUGUUACAUUUGGCCGGCGAGGUGUUCCUAAUGGAGCAAAGGUAAUCCUGGAUGCCGACAGACAUGCCCUGGUGGAGGCCAGAAACUUUGGACAGCUGUGGCAAGGAGUCACAGUCGACAUCUACAGCUAUCAAGAGGAUGGAUACUUGGCUCUGUCCACAGCCUUGCGACGUGUGCCCUAUCGCCGCUGCUCUGAUGUAGCUCACGUGGCCCUGAUGAUCAGCGAUGAAGACAGAGACGUGAGUGCUGAUGGUGGAACGAACACUAGAGCUAGUCUGAGGGAGACUCUUCAGCGACGAGGGUUCAGUCUGGUUAGCCUUGUGGAUAAUCCAUUCUUUGCCGGCCAGGCAAUGGAGUCCGCAUUCGGAGUGGCACGGCUGGAACCUGACAAACAUCGGGCGUAUCUAAACCCAUUUGCUGAAAGCUCAUCCACAACCGUUGCCAACAAUUUCAAUUUCUCAUUCGUGACAAACGACCAGCAUGUUGCUGUCGGUACAGGAAAUGAUGGCACAAGAGAAGAUUAUGUUGGUCUGUCGCUGGAUACGUGCGGAUCGUCCUGGGACAUGGCAAUACUGCGACAGGUCAGCCAAGAGAUCCGCAACCAGUUCACCGCAGCCAUGGCGGCUGAUUUCCUGCGCCAGGCUUCGGGGCUCCAGCGCAAGUGCCGCUGCGUGGAAGCCAGCAGGGAGAGCGGUAAUAGCUCUCUGCAACUGUCUUGCCGUAUGAACCAGCACUGCUGGGAGGACUUGUAAGUACCACUGACGUUAGAGAGUCAUCAUGGUGUAUUGAAUUGAAUGUUGGGCAUGGCAUGUGUGCGUCAUUGUCAUUACAAUACAAUCAUCGGGCAUUGUGUGUGCCGUGUCGUUUUCUAAAUUUGCACUUAAUUUUCUGCAGCCGGCACAAACUCUUGAGCACACUGACUGCUGUACAUGUAUGUCCUAUCAGGUGAAAUGCGUUCUAUCACAGACACUGAUAUUUGCUCUGAAGCAUUUUUGAAGAUAUUGUAGCGAUGUAAAGAUAUUUGCACGAAACUCAGACAACUUCA